AUGGAUCGCAACGACGUACGCGUUGCCAGGCGCUCCGCCAGCCAUGGCAACCUCAACCGCUCAUUUGAUGCCCGAGGCCGAGCAAGGUCGGACGUUGAUCACCAUCAGCCCUCACCAAGAAGCCUUCGAAGCACCAGAGAGCACCAUUUUCUCGACGACGAUCACCGCAAGGACCACCCCAAGUACUUGUAUUACAACAUGCUAAGGAAGACAACAGAGACCGGCAACAUCGAGCUGUGUUCCCUAAGCGCCGGCAAGAAUAGACCAUUGCGAGCGAGAGCCAGCUUGGGAGACCUGCGCCGACCUUCCCCGCGCGUAAUUCCUAGCUGCGCGGGACCCGGUCAGGAGGAACGCAUCCGGCCUGCGUCCCCGGCACUGACCGAGAAUGGCCUGGUGGACUAUACUAGGAUGGUAGAGAUUGCCAGAACCCCACAGAGAACGACUCACCAUCCUCACGCAAUGUUGUUCCCCUACAAGACAACGAGGGACAUACCAGCACCUCUGGCUGUGAAGUACGACGUCAAUCAAUCUACGCGCUCUUUCACGGAUGAUCCACGUUCGAUCCUACGAAUGCCCAAGGCUCGACCGCCCAUGCCAACUCAGCUCCAUCCCUGGGGUCUGAGACCGAGGCAUAGGUUAGGAAGCGGCUCAUCAGGACACAGUCAAAGGACGUCCAGCCUAACUUCAACGAACGGAGGGUAUGGACCCCCUCGUACAUGCACGCCCAAACUUCCGCCGGCACCUCGGCGAGAACCACUGUUUUACGACUACAGCGAAAACUUCGAAGAUGUUGCCGCAGAACCACCUUCGGAUUACCAGAUCGCUUCAGAUUCGAGAUGUAUGUCCGACACCGUCAGUACAGGCCUCGCGAAGUGCCGCCGUGACUUUAGUUCCGAGACUGCUGAUGACGACGCCAAACGUGCCAUUGAAUUCCUUCAGCAAGCGACCAUGGUCGAAUCUCGUGACGGCAGUAAUGCCUCUGGCAGCUCCAAGGACCUUUCAGGAUCACUUUUGAUGAACAAGACAGAAGACACUGCCACGCAGCCUCCCUCCGGCGAAACGGCCGACGAGGCUUUGGCGUCUAGUCCCGUGUUACCCACGCCUUACCCAACCGCGGAGACAUCGUAUUUCUCAGCUUCCUCAUCUGUCGAUUGUCGGGAUGAAUAUAGAGGCAUUCGCCCUGGUGAUACAGCAUGUGCCGUGGGGCCGGUCGCCAUGAGUUUGACAUCUGAGAUGUCCACGGUUGAAAGUCCUCUCUGCCCUGAGACACCCGACUUUGACAUCGGAAUGCCAAUGACGAAGCCAGAGAUUUGUGCAGGUGAAGAUCGCAUUGUGGGUGAGAGCGAAGACGGCGCAAAGGAUGAAGCAACUUCUGCGAAGUGCUCACGGGAGUGGAUGGGCCUCUCAGAAUCAGUGACCACCGUUGUGCCAAGGCCUGAACUUUCGAGCACUACAUCGGUAGCGUUUGCUCGCCAGGGCAGCACUGGACGAAGAGAUAGCCGCCUCUUCUCUUUGGGUUCUGGGCUGGUUGACUUGGCUUCAUUCGUCAAAUACAUGGACAAACGCAUGCAAACGCCUCAGUCCGACGAACCCGACCAAGUCGAGUUAUCGAUGCUGCCCAGCUCCAAAUCAGUGCCUGGCGGGCUAAAUCCAGUUCAGAGGGAAAAUGGGUUCUCGGCGCCUCCUCGGACAUCGUCACUAUGUCGGCAAGGGCUGGAGUACGCCAAAAUGAAGGCCAACAACCCACUUUCUACGGACGAGCUCGACCAAUAUCAAGUGGUCUCAACCCGCAGCGGCCCGACCUUGGUACCGCAGCCAAUUUCGCCGGUCAAGAUGCUUCGCAUUGCCACCUUUGCCCGAGCUCGCACCCGCUCCGGAGUCGCCUUUGGCAGCGACAUUGGUACCGCUACGGUGUGA